AUGUCGCGCCCGACCCGUACCGCUCAGUCCGUCUCCUUCGACGUCCCGGCGGCGGAGCAACCGUACCUCCACAACCGCUGGCACCCAGAAAUCCCGGCCAUAGGGUCCAUCCAGCCGGGCGAGACCGUCAAGAUCGAAUGCCUCGACUGGACGGGCGGCCAGAUCGGCAACAACGACAGCGCUGACGACGUGCGCGAUGUCGACCUGACCAAGGUCCACUACCUGACGGGGCCCUUUGACAUCGCCGGCGCCGAGCCGGGCGACGCCCUCGUCGUCAACAUCACCGACGUGCAGCCCUUCGAGCACCAGCCCUGGGGCUUCACGGGCGUCUUCGCGCGUGACAACGGCGGCGGCUUCCUCGACCGGCACUACCCGCGCGCAGCCAAGGCCAUCUGGGACUUUGACGGCAUCUACUGCUCCAGCCGGCACGUCCCCGGCGUGCGCUUCCCGGGGCUCGUGCACCCGGGCAUCCUCGGCUGCGCGCCCUCGCCCGAGGUCCUCGCCGAGUGGAACCGCCGCGAGGCCGACCUCGUCGUGCGCUGCAGGGACACGCACCCGGAGCAGGUCGUCGCGCAGCCGCCCAACGUGACGAACGCGCACGCCGGGCUGGCGGCCGGGGAGGUGCGGGACCGCGUGGCGCGCGAGGGGGCGCGGACGAUCCCCGGCCGUCCGGAGCACGGCGGUAACUGCGACAUCAACGCCCUCUCGCGGGGUUCCAAGACGUAUUUGCCUGUGCACGUGGCGGGAGCCAAGUUCUCUGUAGGGGAUCUGCAUUUCAGCCAGGGUGACGGAGAGAUUAGUUUCUGUGGCGCAAUUGAAAUGGCUGGAAUUAUCACAAUCCGAUUCGACCUGAUCAAGGGAGGCGUCGAGAAGCUCGCGCUCAAGAGCCCUAUGUACCUCCCUGGAGAGGUCGCAGCUCAAUACGGGCCAUCGCGCUACUUGACCUUCGAGGGCUUCUCGGUGGACGAGCAUGGCAACCAGCAUUUCCUCGACGCCACCGUCGCCUACCGCCAAGCAUGCCUACGAGCCAUCGAGUACUUGAAGCGUUUCGGGUACUCGGGAGAACAAGCAUAUCUCCUCUUGUCGUGCGCCCCGAUCAAGGGCAUCAUCGCGGGUAUCGUAGACGUCCCCAAUGCCUGUACCACCCUCGGCCUCCCCAUGGACAUCUUUGACUUUGACAUCUCUCCCGAGGCAGAGCCUCCUGCUAAGAGGGAUCUCGCUCCAUUGGGAACCAUCCGGAACAUCCUCGUCCUGACAAUUCGUGCCAUCUCUCUAUGGUUUGUUGUCUUGACCAUCAACAGACUGCAAGCAAAUUGGGUUUGGAUCCCAAAUUGGGUCGACUCCUCGCCCCAAAACACAGCUGCCCGCAUCGUCCGGUUCAGCCGCCAGGUCAAACUCGCCACCAAGCCAAAGCGUGCUCUCCUGCACUUCUCGGCAGAUACGCGAUACAAGCUCUUUGUGAAUGGAGCUCGCGUCGCCGUCGGACCUUCAAGGGGCAGUCCCCUGAUCUGGUACUACGACUCGAGCGACAUUGCUCCACGCCUCCAAACAGGCGACAAUGAGAUCUCCUUUGUCGUCAUCCGGUACUUUGCCAGCUCCCGGGGCGGGAUGCCCUUUGAGCGCACCUCGUUCCCCGGGUUGACGGUGGUUGGCAAUAUCGAGACAGAGGCCGACACCAUCCCGCUAGACUCGUCCGGGGGGUGGCAGGCGGAGGUGGACGAGAGUAUAUUGUUCCCUACCGGUCUUGUUGACGAUGUCUUUCUCCAUAUUAACGAGCGAACCGCACUCGAUGUCAAAGGCGAAACCAUCACUCCUGUCGCGUACAACAUCCGAACCCUCAACGGCGAUCUCGCGCCCUGGCGGCUGCGCUCACGCGUGAUUCCCAUGCCCGAGCAUGCACCGCUAGCCGUCAAUACGGUGCGGCUAUGUCAAAGCAGUGCCCCAGUCGACGCCUGGACAGCGUUUCUCUCUGGCAAUAGCCCGCUGGCCCUUCCUGGCGACUCAAAACACGUGCUGGAGCUCCAGGCUCCCGUGCACUCUACAGCAUUCCUGCGUUGGGCCUUCAAGGCAACGAAAGAAACCCAGAUCAGACUCAAAGUCAUCUACUCGGAAGGAUACGAACAUGAGCCGCGCUCCUACCCGUUCUUCCGGACAAAGACCGAUCGUCUAGACGCCCAGAACGGCAGGAUCAUUGGCCCAUUUGAUGAAGUGACAUUGACCAUACCACCAUCUAAGACCCAUGUCUACGAGCCGUUUUGGUUUCGAACCUUUCGCAUCAUGCGCUGGGAGAUAUCAGUACCCUCUGGGGCUGACAUUGAGCUGACAUCCUUCGAAGCUACCCAGGUCAACUACCCCAUGGCUGUCAAGGCAAGCUGGGGGCAGGCAGGAGACAAGGACGCCUCCCAGAUCUGGGAUGUGUCAAUCAGGACGCUCCGCAACUGUAUGUUUGACGGAUACUCCGACUGUCCCUUCUACGAACAGCUCCAGUAUGCCGGAGACUCGCGCUCCGUCGGCCUAUUUCACUACCUCCUAUCUGGCGACGACCGGCUCAUGCGCCAGGCCAUCUCCAACUUUGCCACCUCCGUCACGCCCGAGGGCCUGACCCAGUCUCGCUUCCCGUCACACGUGCCCCAGCUCAUCGCGGCGUUCCCGCUCUUCUGGAUCCUCCAAGUCUGCGACCACCACCUCUACUUCGGCGACACCGCCUACGCCCGCUCCUUCAUCCCGCGCAUCGACGGCGUGCUCGACUUCUUCGACGCGCACAUCGACUCGCUGGGCCUGGUUAGCGGACUGCCGGAGGACGUGUGGCAGUACGUCGACUGGGUCACGACUUGGGGUGCCACAGACGACCACCCGGACAAGGGCGUUCCGACCUCGGGCCGCAGGUCCAACCGCCACACCUACUUCAGCAUGCUCUACGCCUACGUUCUCCGCAAGGCUGCCGGCCUCCUCCGCGACACCGGCCGCCCCGGCAAUGCGCCUGAGUACGAGGACCGCGCCGCCUCGGUCGUGGCCGCCGUGCGCGCCCACUGCUUCGACGGGCAGUUGUUCACCGACUCGACGGCCGACGUGGCGGCCGGCGACAAGGGGGCCUACUCCCAGCACUGCCAGGUCUUCGCCGUGCUCUGCGGCGCCGCCGACGCCGAGCCCGACCGCGGCGCGGAGAUGCUGAGGCGCGCGUUCGCCGACCCGGCCUUCUCCAAGUGCUCGUACGUCAUGGUGUUCUACGCCCUGCGGGCCUUUGCGCUCGCGGGUGUCUACGAUGAGAUGUGGGCCCGGGUCUGGGACCCGUGGCGCGCGAUGCUGCGGAACAACCUGACGACGUGGCAGGAGGACGACGUGCGGCAGCGGUCGGACUGCCACGCCUGGGGCAGCGUGCCGAUACACGAGUACCUGACCGAGGUGGCGGGCGUCCAGGUCGUCGCCCCCGGGGCGAGCAGGAUUCUGUUCCGGCCGCGGCUGGGGCUGAGCGAGGCUGUCGACGCCAAGGUAGCGCUCGGGAGGGAUAAUGUGGCUGCUGUGUCGUGGAGGGCUACCGAGGGCGGGGAGAAGGAGGUGAGGUGCCCUGUCCUUAUCUCCCUCCCCAUUGCCAAUGCAACAGAAGAUUAUGCUGGGCCCACGGCUCGUGGCCUCACUCGAUCGACUAGUACUCCUGCUAGCAUAGACGCAGCAUAUCUUAUAGCUGGCACCGGCACUUGCUUGAACGUACCACUCUUGAUUCAUCCCGAUGCGAUUCUCCUUCAGCCUCAACCUGGGUUUAUGUCGGCUGGGCAGCCCCCAGCUGCUGGCCUUAGCAAGGCUGGAGAGAGCGAACUCGUGGAGACGAAAAGGGGCUUGAGUCCUCGUCACGUCCAGCUCAUGGCUAUCGGAGGCUCGAUUGGUACUGGGUUAUGGGUCGGCAUCGGUGGCGUCCUGAGCAAGUCGGGACCGCUCUCCCUGGUCCUAGGCUACCUCUUCUGGGGUCUGCUGUACGUCUGGCCCCUCGACCUGUGCGUGGCCGAGAUGUGCGCAUACCUCCCGGUCCGCGGCUCCAUCUUUGAGCUCGCUUCGCGCUUUGUCGACCCGGCCCUCGGCUUUGCGAUGGGCUGGACUUACUUCCUCGCCGGUCUCAUGCUGGUCUGUGUCGAGUACUCGGCAGUGGCCACUGUGAUGCAGUACUGGAACAACAGCGUCAACCCCGGUGUCUGGGUCGCGAUGGCUAUGGUCGUCUGUGUAGGGAUUAACGUACUCGCGGUAAAGUAUUACGGCGAAUCCGAGUUUAUCAUGGCGUCUACUAAAGUCAUUCUGCUCUUUGGCCUCUGCUUCCUCACGCUCAUCACAAUGAGCGGAGGCAACCCGCGACACGAUGCAUACGGCUUUAGCAACUGCGGCAAUGGCAAUGCGAUUCACGCUUACUACACAGAGGGCGCAACCGGUCGUUUCCUUGGCUGGUGGGAGGUGGUCGUCUACGCUGCGUUCACCAUCGCCGGACCUGAUAUGAUCUGUCUCGCCGCCGGAGAAAUCCAGAACCCACGCCGGACGAUCCCACGCGUUGCCAAGCUAAUCUUCUACCGCCUCGUCGGGUUCUACGUAGUCGGCGUGCUUUGCGUGGGGAUAAUCUGCUCGUCGCGUGAUGAGAACCUCCUUGGGGCCAUCAAAGCGGGCGAGAGCAGCGCUGCGGCGAGCCCUUGGGUCAUCGGCAUCAAGAAUCUGGGCAUCAAGGGGCUGCCUGACCUCAUCAACGCAUUCAUUCUUCUCAGCGGCUGGAGCUGUGGCAACGCAUACCUGUACUCGUCGAGCCGGACAUUGUAUGGAUUGGCCAAGGACGGCCAGGCGCCCAAGAUAUUUCUCAAGUGCACGAGAUCAGGCGUGCCACUCAACUGCGUCUUGGCAGUCUCGCUCAUCUCGUGCAUCACUUUCCUCGUAUCGUCCAACAGCGCUGUCCAGGUCUUCUUCUGGUUCGUUGACCUCACGACGACUGCACUCGUCGCGACGUACACCAUGAUGCUGGCGGCCUUCCUGGGCUUCUACUACGCGCGCAGAGCGCAGAAUAUGGACCCGGCAACGCUGCCGUACCGCGCCCCGUGGACGCCCUACAGCGCUUACUUGGGCCUCUUCCUGGGUGCUACGAUGCUGCUGUUUGUGGGAUGGGAUGUGUUCAACCCCUUCGACGUGCGCGGGCUUGUCACGAACUACUUUGCCCUCGUCUUUGCCAUCUUCAUGUUCUUGCUCUGGAAGGUCGUAAAGCGCACCAAGUUCGUCAAGCCCGCGGAGGCCGAUCUUGUUUCUGGCAAAGCAGAGGUUGAUGAGGAAUGCAAGCAGUGGGAAGAAGGAGGUAUCGAAGAGGUGGAGAAGAAAAGGCUGGCACAGAUGUCCUUUGCGCGAAGGUGCUGGGAGAGGAUGUUCUGA